CCGGAUGUCUGCGUAUACGUCUCGGACAUUAAGGAUGGUCUCCCGAAACUCCCGUCCUUCUUUCUCGUGAUUCUUAUUGUCAUCUAAUCUAAAUGACCCCCGAUCUUUCAGGUUUUGCAUCAUCCACAACUCCACAUUCUACCGCAUCUGAUCCCGCUGAGGUUGAGGCUAUGCAUUGUCUUGAGCAAGGAACACGACUUCUGGAAGAGGGAGACGUCGAGGGUGCGAAGAGGCUUUAUGCUCGCAGUGCCGAAAUAAAUCGAAACGCUAGCUCAUUGUAUAAUUUGGGCGUUACUCAUUACUGCUUGAAGGACUUUGAUGCUGCUAUCACUGCGUGGCAAGAGUCUAUUGCUCUUCAACCGGCAAGUCCUGACACACAUACUAAUUUGGCGAAUGCAUACGUCUUAUCACCUCUCCCUCGACCAGACCUUGCACUACACCACCUACGUAUUGCCUCCUCACUGUCACCAGAAGACCGGGAAAUUGCGUUUAAUCUUGCCGUUGUUCUGGAAGCAAGUUUGUGUCUAUUCUUUACCCCGUUCUUUAUUGUUUCUUCAUGGCCCACCAAAAUAGCGGAGAACUUGGAAGAAAGCUUAGAAUACUACAAAAAGUGUUCCGCACUCGGUAUGGAACGCGCACAGAUACACAUUCGCAACGUCACUGCUAAAAUACUGAAUCGGCGAGUGCAAUCUGCGCAAAUUCCUAGUCAACAGGACGAAUGAAGGUCAGGUCCCAGGUUUUCUGAGGUAGUGGUAAUCCAGUUUCUCGGGUGAACCAGCUGUAUUACAACUAUGC